UGUUAUCUGCAGGUUCGAGGAGGAUGGGGAUUUGGCCUAGCUCUUUGUGUCACACACCUAUCUCUUGAUGUUCUACUCUGCACGGCUUCCAUCCUCCACCUCUGCGCCAUCGCAGUCAAUCGUUACCUUGCCGUAACAUUCCCGCUGAUGUACUCACGUGAUCGUGUUAACUCUCAGAAGCGAAUCUUGGGCACCAUCAUCCCCGUUUGGGUUAUUUCCAUUGCCAUCUGUGCUCCACUCUUCAUCCAGGGAUUCAUCAAUCCUGAAAAGACAUUGAGCGAAGAUGGACAGGUUUGUGGGUUCUUCGAUAAAACAUUCAUCAUCUAUUCAUCGAUGGGUUCCUUCUAUGUGCCUUUGGCGGUGAUGAUAGUUGUGGACGUUCGCGCUGUGCGCAAGUUACGUGGACGCAAAGCUUUGGCGGCACAACGUUCCGUCGGACAGACUCCACCACCUCAACCGUCACCGACGCGAGAGCAUGUCUCGCGAUCACGCUCUUCCACUCCACCACCGCCGCCAUCACCGGACAAAACCUACCUUACAGUGCAGGGUAAUGGAGCGCCUCCUUCACCGGGGAUAGACUAUCGUCGACGACCGCUUCGAAUCAGCUUCCAUAUGAAUCGUAAGUCAGGACAGAAACUUGGGUACGGAAGCACCGUGGUGGAAGCCGUGCCGGAUACGCGGCAGAAAAUGCUUUCGAACAAACGCGAAAAGAGGGCGGCCAAGACUCUUGUGGUUGUCUUUGCGUGUUUUAUCAUCCUCUGGCUGCCUUUCUUUGUCAUGCAUCUCGCCAAUGGGUUCUGUACUAGCUGUCAGAUACCUGAUGAACUCUUUAUCGCCUUUACGUGGCUCGGUUACGUGUCCUCGGCGUUCAACCCUUGUAUAUACACGUGCUUUAACAAAGAAUAUAGAAGAGCAUUCAUUAGAAUAAUAUGUUGUGGCAAAAAACGUCGUCAUUCCUUCCGCAUAAACGAAACGUCAACAUUCAGAUCAAGCCUAAGACAUUCAUGAAACAGAAAAACUCUCUAAGUUCACGUUCAUCUCAAAUUAUUGUCAUAAUUAUAGGGUCAGGAUGUCUUUCAGCCUUCACAAUCGUCAACAAUGUCAGAGUUCCUUGAAUCGGCCCACAAACCUAAGAAAAAAAUAAAAUGCAUAUUCAGAAUAGAACAUCCGUGACCUUCUUUUAGGGUCCUCAUCAGGAAUCUCUCAAAUUAAUAAAUAUACAGUGCGUUUCACAAAAAAGGAAACCGGGAUUUCCAUGUGUUUUUUUUUCUUUAUUGGCAAAUAAAUUAUGACUUUUGUUUACAUAAUCACAUAAUUUAAUUAUUUUUCUUUAUUUUGAUACCUAACAUGAGACGAACACUUCACGCAUUAGUGAGCAAGACAGGUUUAAAAUUUCAAUGUCAAAACCAUGUUGCUCAGAAACUUUGGACAAGAUUGGUUGGUGAUAUGACGACUGUGCACUGAUACUCGACGACUGCCUCAUUGGCAUUUAUUUUUAAGCUUCUCUCGCUGAUCCCUGAAAUAAGUGUGGAUUCAGAUUCACACGUAAUUUCUGCGCAAAUCAUUUCUAAUAUGCCUCCAUAUUUAUUGUUUGUUUUCUGCCAUGCGUACAUCAUUUCCUUAGCUGUUGGUAUUAAAUAAAAGAUGAGAUGCCACUUUUGCCAUGAGGAUCAAAUUUAUAGUAAAUAUAUAUUUAAUAAUUGUGGAAUCUAUCUCUGAAAACAUGUUUCCUUUUUUGUGGGACGCACUGUAAAGUAUUUGUGCUAACUCUUGUAUCCUUCAUUAUUACAACACGGUCACAAGCCAAUGAAGCCAAUGCCCUCCCAUUCUUUCCGUUGUUCUAUGAAACUUCUGUCUUAUGAAUUUACAAAUGUUUAUACCCAUAAUAUGUCACCUUUAUCCCCAUGCUGAGUAAUGAUGUAAUGUUUACGCUGCAGCAGGUCAAUUAUAAACGUGAUAAACUUGGCGAUACAACUGUUAUACUAGGUCACGUGAUAAAUCAACCAUAGUGAAAAAAACGAAAUAGUUGUGCAAACGUUGAAUCAGUGGAUAUUCCCAUGAGAAGAACAUAUUUUAUUUUUACCAUAACCAAAACUAAUCCGAAUAAAUAUCCAAGCUUUCGCAUGUUAAAAUUUCUAUUUGAAAAUGCCUAUUUAUUAAUUAAAGGCUUGAGAAUACUAGGUGCAUAGGCUGAAAUAACGAAACAUUUGAAGUAAUCCCUUACUUUCUUUAAAUUGAAAUAAUACCAACCUAAUUUGUAAAUUAGAUCUGGCUUAAAUUCCCCUUUAGUCCAGACAGAAUUUCAAUAAUUAAACAACAUAGUGUGAUUUUAAACACCGGACGGACGUACGUAUGGACAGAUUAGUAAAAACAACCAAUCCGUGAGCACUCAGAUUUUUGACCAGGACAUGUUCAAGCGAACACACAAUCAACUAACAAAUUGACUGAAAACUAGUAUUUUAUGAUAAUGAAUGUCAGUAGUAGGGAUAGAAAGCGAAAUUAUAGUGUGAUCCAUCAAACAUUUGAUAAUGGAUGUUGACCAUGCUGAUACUAUCUCUUAAAAAAAAUCUGUCUACUUCGAUAUUUGAAAUUGGAGUUCGGACUAAGGAUUGAAGCUACUCUGACCAAACUUAAUUUAUAAUAAAUACCUCGUUUAAAGACACCGGACCGAUCCAAAACUAGGGACUUACUGAACCCUUUCGGUGGGAGCUGUAAACCAUCCAGCAAUACUGUGACAACAGACAUGACAGAGAGGGGUCCAGGGAAGCGAUCCUCACUGCUACGUCACAAAACGGUCUUAUGGAUCGCUUCACUUCGUAGACCGCCUCAGGACUGACUUGAAAGGAAAGUGCGCAAAGAAGUUAUCUAAAGCUAGAGUAGGAAAGCUAUAAAUUUAGCAGGAAACUGACAUUCUAUUGACGAGUGAAAAGAUUGGACAGUUACGAUUUUUCGCGCUAACUUCUGACCCUACAGGGAGCACGUAAGUGUUCCACCAACAAGAGCAAUCCUGGACUCACUGGACUCUGGACAGGUUUUGUGUACCGAUUAAGAUUUCCAUCAAAUAUAAUGACGGUGGCAAACAUUACUGAUUUCAUUUCUUUCUUGAUGAUUUUGUUUUAUGAAUUUAACUUGUAAGUUGAAUAGUAAGUACGUUACGUUCCUCAUGACCAGGUGACCAUUCGGUUAGACUAUUGCAUGUUCUAGAAAUCACUCACAACAUUAAUCUGUUCUACAAUAACUUAUAUCAUCCCAGAAUGGAUUAAACGGAAACCCCUAUGAAAAGUUUAUAAGUAUGUGGGUGUUUAUAUUAAUAAACUGGUAAAAGUAUAGAAUAUUUGAAUUUGUUAUUAGGACAAACGAAUAACUUAAACCCCUAUGAAACCGGACCAAUCCCCUAUUUCUUCAAAUCGACACGACAAAAUUCGUACUAAACCGAUAUUUCACAAAGUUAACAUCAUGUUCAACUUCAUCGUCUAUUACGGAAAGAACUGUACAAUGACGAGAAGUUAUUUUUUUGGAAAGCAUAAGACCACAACGACUUUAAACAAUUGCUACAUGCUACCUGAUUACGAAGCACGUUAACAGACAUGACAGAAGAAAAAGAAGUAUUUGACCAUAAUUCAUGGAUGGGUAUAUUGGUUAUUGAAAAAGUGGCGCCCUUGCUUGACCUACAAUUUGAUCAUAAUUAUAAACUUGAGACUAAAACCCAUACAUCCAUCGACUGACGAGCUGGGAUAUACUUUGUAGGCCAACUGAUUACAGGUGUGUAUGCAACAUGAUGAAAGUGACGGUAACCGUUCUUGGCCUGAAAACAAUGGUACUGAUACUAGCAAACUCAGAAAAUGACAAAAGUUCUGACAUUACAAUAUCUAUACAUUGCCUUGACUCUUACUGACUUGCUGACGACACAACUUAAACAAUCUUAUCAGUAACAUUUUGUAGGGAUGAUUUACUGUAGAAAUGACAGUUACUUUGUUUAUGAUAGUGACACUACACAUUGACAAACAAUAAACACCCAAUUCAUAAAAUUUAUUAUCAAUUAUAAAUGCAGAAUUCUCGUGGAAAAUUUGUUUCUGGUCAAUCAAAUUACCCGAUUUCAAUCACACAUUUAUUUGUUUUGUAACUAAUCUUAUGUAACC